AUGACAUCAAGGUUUUCUAAUAAUAGUGAAUUGUUGACAGACUUGGCCCUUUUGUCACCUAUACAAUUUUAUGCAUAUAAGAAAAAAUUACCACAUCAAGCUUUUAAAACUUUGUCAAAAAAAAUAUUAAAAUUUACCAACUUUAAAACUGAAGAUGAAGUUUACAAUCAAAUUCAUGAAGAGUUAAUAAGUUUUUCAAAUAACUGGGAAUUUUUAAAAAUGUCGAUUGCAGAUGAAUAUGAAAUAUUGAAUUGGGAACUUGAAAAUGACGAGGAUCAUUUGGAAGGUGUCUGA